UUGGGAGUUAUUUAGGCAUGCCCAAAUUAGUUGAUACAUUUUAUGCAUUUUCCACAACUUGAGUUUCACUUGAAAUUCACAAUCUUGUGUGAUCCAAUAAUGGAAAUUCUGCACUUUGUGCUUGGUGCUACUUGGUUGUGAGUGAAAAAUAUAUAUGUAUAUCCGUUUUUUUGCCUUAAAAUAUAUAGAUAUCAAAAAAGAAGACAAAAACAAGGGUAAACGACAACGUUGCACUUCAAAACAAGAGUGAUGAUGGCUGUUAGUUCAUCUUGCAAAGGAGGAGGUGGGGACCCAAUGGGAAUGGAUAAUGGUAAAUAUGUAAGGUACACACCGGAGCAAGUUGAAGCUUUAGAAAGAUUGUAUCAUGAUUGUCCAAAACCAAGCUCACUUCGCCGGCAACAACUCAUUAGAGAGUGCCCAAUUCUCUCGAAUAUCGAGCCGAAACAGAUCAAAGUUUGGUUUCAGAAUAGAAGAUGUAGGGAAAAGCAAAGAAAGGAGGCAUCAAGGCUGCAAGCUGUGAACAGGAAGUUAUCUGCAAUGAAUAAGUUGUUAAUGGAGGAGAAUGAUAGGUUGCAGAAACAAGUUUCUAACUUGGUGUAUGAAAACGGCUAUUUCCGUCAGCAGACUCAAAACACGGCGCUCGUCACCACAGACACAAGUUGUGAGUCAGUUGUGACGAGCGGCCAACACCACUUAAGUCCUCAACAUCCACCAAGGGAUGCUAGUCCUGCAGGGCUUUUGUCCAUUGCAGAGGAGACUUUAACAGAGUUUUUAUCAAAGGCAACAGGGACUGCUGUGGAGUGGGUCCAAAUGCCUGGGAUGAAGCCUGGUCCGGAUUCCAUUGGAAUCAUUGCUAUUUCUCAUGGUUGCACUGGUGUUGCAUCACGUGCAUGUGGUCUUGUUGGUCUUGAACCCACAAGAGUUGCUGAAAUCCUUAAAGAUCGGACAUCAUGGUUUCGUGAUUGCCGAGCUGUGGAUGUUCUUAACGUGCUCACAACCGGGACUAAUGGAACCAUUGAGCUGCUUUACAUGCAGCUCUAUGCACCUACUACUUUGGCACCAGCACGCGACUUCUGGCUACUACGUUAUACAUCUGCUUUGGAGGAUGGUAGCCUAGUGGUUUGUGAGAGAUCACUGAACAACACUCAAAAUGGCCCUACUAUGCCGCCAGUGCCUCAUUUUGUGAGAGCCAAAAUUCUACCAAGUGGAUACCUCAUACGACCCUGCGAUGGUGGUGGGUCAAUAAUCCAUAUUGUUGACCAUGUUGAUUUUGAGUCAGGAAGCGUUCCAGAAGUUUUACGUCCUUUAUACGAGUCAUCAACAUUACUCGCUCAGAGGACCACACUCGCGGCAUUCCGCCAGCUGAGGCAGAUUUCACAAGAAAUAUCCCAACCAAUGGUCACUAGUUGGGGAAGAAGACCAGCUGCUCUUCGUGCACUAGGUCAAAGAAUGAGCAGAGGAUUUAAUGAAGCCAUUAAUGGUUUUACCGAUGAGGGUUGGUCAAUCAUGGAAAGUGAUGGAGUUGAUGAUGUCACUGUUCUUAUUAACUCGUCUCCUGAUAAGGUGAUGGGUGCAACCCCAAUGUAUGCCGAUGGAUUUCCAUCAAUCAGCAAUGCCAUACUAUGUGCCAAAGCUUCAAUGCUUUUACAGAAUGUGCCUCCUGCAAUACUUACAAGAUUCCUAAGAGAACAUCGAUCAGAAUGGGCUGAUAGUAGUAUAGAUGGUUACUCUGCUGCAUCAGUUAAAGGUGGUCCUUGUGGCUUACCAUUAGCUAGAAGUGGAACAUUUGGUGGGCAAGUUAUCCUUCCAUUGGCUCAUACCAUUGAGAAUGAAGAGUUUAUGGAGGUUAUAAAACUCGAAAAUAUGUCUCAUUAUCGGGCUGAAGACAUGCUCAUGCCUGCAGAUAUCUUCUUUUUGCAACUCUGCAGCGGAGUUGAUGAGAAUGCAAUCGGCACAUCAGCUGAACUUAUUUUUGCUCCAAUUGAUGCUUCUUUCACUGAUGAUGCGCCACUCCUACCAUCGGGUUUUCGUAUAAUCCCCAUUAAUAAUGGAGCGAACUCUCAGAAUCCAACACGUGACCUUGCAUCAACUCUCGAGGGGGGCCCGCCUGGGAAGCGAACAUCAGCAGAUUACCUUGGUCAAUGUGGGCCUACAAAAUCAGUUAUGACCAUUGCAUUUCAGUUUGCAUUUGAAAUCCAUCUUCAAGAAAGCAUAGCAGCCAUGGCUAGACAGUAUGUGCGAAGUAUCAUAUCAUCGGUCCAAAGAGUUGCGUUAGCUCUCUCACCGUCGCCUUUUGGCCCUAGAAGUCUUCAAGCCCCAUCUGGUACCCCUGAAGCUCAAUUGCUAACCCGCUGGAUCUGUCAAAGUUUCCGUUGUUUUCUUGGUGAAGAACUUUUCAAAACUGUUGAUGAGCGAAGUGAUUCGAUGCUUAAAACACUUUGGCAUCAUUCAGAUGCUAUAAUGUGUUGCUCAUUAAAGGCAUUGCCAGAUUUUACAUUUGCAAAUCAAGCGGGUUUAGAUAUGCUCGAGACAACAUUAGUUUCACUUCAAGACAUUACUCUCGACAAGAUCUUUGACGGCGGUGGUAGAACGAAUAAUGUUUGUUCUGAGCUCCCACAGAUUCUACAACAGGGUUUUGCUUGCCUCCCUGGUGGGAUCUGCUUGACGAGCAUGGGAAGACCUGUGUCGUAUGAACGGGCAGUAGCUUGGAAGGUACUGAAUGACGAAGAAAACCCUCAUUGCAUAGCCUUUGUGUUUGUUAAUUGGUCUUUUGUUUGACACUUUGAAAGUUGAAAGAAAAAAACUAGGUUUAGAAAGCCAAACAUGUGUCAUUUUACAGGAUUAUUCCAAGGGAUCGAUCGAUAUGGCUUUCUUAUGUCGUCCUACACUUCUGUGUUUGGUUCUUUAAGUUUAUAAGAUCUUUGUGCCAAUUACUCAAAUUAAUUUAAAGAUUUUUGAAUGUAGUUUGUAUAAGGUCUAGUUCAUUUUCCAAAGUCUUAUUGAA